AGUUUAUUACCACUAAAAUUUAAUCUGAUGAAACGCCAGCAAUAAAAGUACAGGUCUCUUUAACAACUAACAUUAUGACGUGUCCUACCCACCCCCAUUGAGGAGGGCCUCGUUUCUUGAAGACAAAUGUUGGGCACACCGCUGUGCUUUCAGGCUAGAAAAAUAAGACACAGCUCUUACUCUUCGUCAUCCCUGGAAGUAGUGGAGAAGAUAAUAGCCAGAAAGUACUGUACUGAAUUCAGUGCUGAGAGAGAGGUAUAUUGUAGAAGGUGGAAAGAGGGAGGUGCAGCCUCUGGGAGUGACAGUGCUGACAAGAAGGCUCAGGGCCCUAAAGGUGGUGGCAGUGCAGUAAAGGUCAGACACAUUCUGUGUGAAAAACAUGGCAAAAUCAUGGAAGCCAUGGAAAAGUUAAAAUCUGGAAUGAGAUUCAGUGAAGUGGCUACACAAUACAGUGAAGAUAAAGCCAGGCAAGGGGGUGACUUGGGAUGGAUGACCAGAGGGUCCAUGGUAGGACCGUUUCAAGAAGCUGCAUUUGCCUUGCCUGUAAGUGGGAUGGAUAAGCCUGUGUUUACAGACCCACCUGUUAAGACAAAAUUUGGAUAUCAUAUUAUUAUGGUUGAAGGGAGAAAAUAAAAUCACACGAAAGACUGAAUAAA